CAUGUUCAGUACUUCUACUCCCUCCUAGAAUAUCAAAGCAGCAGCAGCAGCAGCAGCAGCAACAGACAAACAUGAAUGUGAAGGGCAUGGCUAUAGCCUUGGCUGUACUAUUCUGUGCUACAAUUGUUCAAGGCUUCCCCAUGUUCAAAGCGGGACGGUGUCUUUGCAUAGGUCCUGGAGUAAAAGCAGUCAGAGUGGCAGAUAUUGAGAAAGCCUCCAUAAUUUACCCAAGUUACAACUGUGACAAACUUGAAGUAAUUAUCAUCCUGAAAGCAAAUAAAGGACAACGAUGCCUAAAUCCUAGAUCCAAGCAAGCAAACCUUAUAAUCAAGAAAAUUCAAAGAAUGAAUUAAGACACCAAAACAUAUGAGAUCCUGGAAAAGAGGAUGUGAAAACCUGAACCUGUCAAGUUUUAUGGUGACGACUGAAAAUAUAAGCAUUCCGCAACAGGAAACUGACUUUCUCCUGUCUGCUGCAAUACGCACUCAUGCAUUUCUAGGGGAUUUGAUGCUUACAUCUACUCUGUUAUGACUAUGAAAACACUUCUUUCUCUAGAAAUUACAUGUCUGUACUUUGAUCUUUGGAGCCCUGGUGGCGCAGGGGUUAAGAGAUGGGCUGCUAACCAAAAGGUCAGCAGUUCGAAUCCACCAGCUGCUCCUUGGAAACCCUAUGGGGCAGUUCUACUCUGUCUUAUAAGGUCGUUACGUCGACAGUUACAAUGGAGACAUUAUCACUGCAGUAGAGAUUCUGAGUCAAAACCAUUCAUGUAUAGAACAUUCCCAAAUUAAUUUUUCAUGCAAAUCCACAUUUCCUUUCCCAAAAAUCAUGUAGCACAUGCGCAUAAACACACACAUAUAUGGAAAAUGUUCUUAUACACAGUUUUGCUUCUUCUUAUAAAAAGACUCUUACGAAAACUACUAUAAAAAAUUAUAAGCUAAGGGAAACUGGUAAGAGCCCAAAUAUAUCAUAAUUGAAUUAACACCUCUGGUCUUAAUUUGAUUUUUCUAUAGCUUUUUUUUAAUUGAGAUUUUUUUAAGCAAUUAGGAUAUGUAUACUGUACAUUUUCGCUUUAUCUUUUCAUAUAAAUAAUACAUACGAACAUCAUGGACACAUUUUAAGUAUGAAAUGCUUUUUUUCUACCAAAGAAAAAUGUUGGGAAAUAAAUAUAUAUACACAUCUGAGGACUGUUUUUACCU